ACGCGUGUGGAAACAAGUGUGGGACCGAUGCUAAGUGCGUUGUGGCUGCUGAUGGCACUGGUGCAUGCGAGUGCAUGGACGGUUCUACCUUCAACAAUCUCGACAAUACAUGCGGUGGUGUUGUUGCGGACGCGUGUGGAAACAAGUGUGGGACCGAUGCUAAGUGCGUUGUGGCUGCUGAUGGCACUGGUGCAUGCGAGUGCAUGGACGGUUCUACCUUCAACAAUCUCGACAAUACAUGCGGUGGUGUUGUGGUAGCAACCGGGUCUAUGCCAGCAGCACCAGCAACAGGUUCGACGGGUGACGCUUGUGCCAACAAGGAGUGUGGAGCCGAUGCUGAGUGCUUUGUGAAUAAUAUUGGUGCUGGUGUAUGCCAGUGCAAGGACGGUUCGACUUUCAAUAAUCUCAGCAAUACAUGCAAUGGUGUUGUGGACGCGUGUGACAACAAUUGUGGGUCUGAUGCUGCAUGCGUUGAGGCUACUGGUGAAUGCGAGUGCUUCGACGGUUCCACCUUCAACAAUGCGGACAAUACAUGCGAUGGUGUUGUGGACCCGUGUGCUAGCUCGGAUUGCGGCGGCAAUGGUGGUGUCUGCCAAGUGAAUAAUGGCGAUCCCGAGUGCGUGUGCACCAAUGGUUUGGUGUUCAACGAAUUCGACAUGUCGUGUUACGCCCCAUUCCUCCAGACGACGGUGCAGCUGCAGCUGCAGGCGCAGGUGAAUGGGCGCCAGAGCAGCUACGCGGAGAAGGUCAACUUCACCACCAAUGGGCCGGCAGAGCAGCUCUCUGGCACCACCGUCUGCACCGACCUCACCUCCAGCCUCAGCCUGCGCGGCGACACCAGGAUCAGCGUCGGGUGGAGUUCCUUCCAAUCUUCCGGAAAAGGCAACGGCAUGUGCAAGAGCGUUUCGUUUCACAGCAACCCCGGCUGCACGGACAAGGCGGGGCUGACGAUUGCGCGUCCUGCAAAGGAUGGUCGCUCCUACCGCACCACGGAAAGGACUGUCGAAGCGACGGAUUUGCCGAGAUCGGUCGGCUGUGAGAUCACCACGUGCCACAAGGACUGCGGAGAUGCUGAGUGCGUUGUGAAGGACGGCAAGCACCAGUGCCAGUGCCCCUGGGGCUCUGUGUUCAAUGAGGCUCAGAAGAGCUGCGAUAAGACCAAUCCUGACCGGUGUGCUGGCAAGGAUUGCGGCCGCAAUGGUGGUGUCUGCCAAGUGAUUGAUGGCGUUCCCGAGUGCGUGUGCUUCCAUGGUUUGCUCUUCGACGAAUUUGACCAGACGUGUUAUGCCCCAUUCCUCCAGACGACGGUGCAGCUGCAGCUGCAGGCGCAGGUGAAUGGGCGCCAGAGCAGCUACGCGGAGAAGGUCAACUUCACCACCAAUGGGCCGGCAGAGCAGCUCUCUGGCACCACCGUCUGCACCAACCUCACCUCCAGCCUCAGCCUGCGCGGCGACACCAGGAUCAGCGUCGGGUGGAGUUCCUUCCAAUCUUCCGGAAAAGGCAAUGGCAUGUGCAAGAGCGUUUCGUUUCACAGCAACCCCGGCUGCACGGGCAAGGCGGGGCUGACGAUUGCGCGUCCUGCAAAGGAUGGUGGUUCCUACCGCAACUCAGAAAGGACUGUCAAAGCGACGGAUUUGCCGAGAUCAGUUGGCUGCGAGAUGACCACGUGCCACAAGGACUGCGGAGAUGCUGAGUGCGUUGUGAAGGACCGCAAGCCCCGGUGCGAGUGCCCCUGGAGCCUCGUCUUCAAUGAGGCUGAGAAGAGCUGCAGAAAUGAUACUCGCCCACCUGCUAACGACCCGUGCAAGACGGGCACAGUGAGGUGCGACAGGAACGCAACAUGCGUUGUGAAGAACGGGCAGGGGAUGUGCCAGUGCAAGGCCGGCUACACCAAUACGAGCGGCGUCUGCACUGCUAACGACCCUUGCAAGACGGGCGCUGUGAGGUGCGACAGGAACUCAAAAUGCAUUGUGAAGAACGGGCAGGGGAUGUGCCAGUGCAAGGCCGGCUACACCAAGACGAGUGGCGUCUGCACUGCUAACGACCCUUGCAAGACGGGCGCUGUGAGGUGCGACAGGAACUCAAAAUGCGUUGUGAAGAACGGGCAGGGGAUGUGCCAGUGCAAGGCCGGCUACACCAAGACGAGCGGCGUCUGCACUGCUAACGACCCUUGCAAGACGGGCGCAGUGAGGUGCGACAGGAACUCAAAAUGCGUUGUGAAGAACGGGCAGGGGAUGUGCCAGUGCAAGGCCGGCUACACCAAGACGAGCGGCGUCUGCACUGCUAACGACCCUUGCAAGACGGGCGCAGUGAGGUGCGACAGGAACUCAAAAUGCGUUGUGAAGAACGGGCAGGGGAUGUGCCAGUGCAAGGCCGGCUACACCAAGACGAGCGGCGUCUGCACUGCUAACGACCCUUGCAAGACGGGCGCUGUGAGGUGCGACAGGAACUCAAAAUGUGUUGUGAAGAACGGGCUGGGGAUGUGCCAGUGCAAGGCCGGCUACACCAAGACGAGCGGCAUCUGCACUGCCAUUCCGGUGUGUUCGCCUGCCUGCCCUGCUAAUGGCCGGUGCACGAUGGUGCAUGAAACAGCGCAGUGCCAGUGCAAUUCGGGUUACAAAAUGGACAAGAGCAAGAAACAGUGCACAC